AUGUUAUCGUUUAAGCAACUUGUUUCCUCCGUGCUAUCGCUGCUUGCCUUCAUUUCCGUGUUUUACUCGGUGGGAAAGCUUGGCAUUUUCCUGGCAACGCCCAGCCGCACCCAACCGUCGACCCAAGCCUUUCCGACAAUCCGUACCGAAGUACGUGCAGCUCUGUUUCCGCUAUUUUUCAACACGAUUUGGGUGGUCCUGUUCGUGCUGCAGCACAGUGCCAUGCGGGCUGAUGUGGUGAAACGUGUUUGGAAAGCGAUCGGACUCGAACUGGCCGAACGGAGCCUGUACAAUAUAUCUUCGUCGUACUGUUUGUUGCUUUUGAUUAAAAACUGGAAGUCUUCACCAACUCAGUACAUGCUUUGGUUUUUUGACGUCGAAGAAAACCCAACACUCUGGUGGUUGAUGGUAGGAACGCACGUGAUGUGCUGGAUUGUCGUGUACGGCGGAAGCUUGAUGGUUGAUUUACCGGAACUGUUGGGGUACAAGCAAGUUUACUACGACAUCAACGAUCUGGCCCCGACAAUGUCCUACAAGUCGCGUGAAUUACAAGACUAUUACAAGCGCUACCGCCAUCCGUCGUUCGUUGCGCUCUCGAUCGUGCUGUGGUUCACCAAUGGCAUGACGAUCGAUCGUUUGAUGCUUGCCAUCGUUUGGAGUGUGUUCAUGUACCUGGGUUGGAACACGACACAGGCAGAUUUAAAGUACCACGAGCAUCAGCUCGAACGUAAACGCGCCGAGUUGGUCCAUGUAACCAAAUAA